GGGAGCGGUGGCGGCGGCCGGGCCCCCAGCGCGGGCCGGGAGGGGGCACGGCUGUGGCCGCGGAGGCCAGCGCGGGAGGAGGCCGCGCUCCGCUCCCCGGGGCGCGUCGACCUGCUCGACGGCCGCCCCAUCCGCGCCCAGGGGCCCCGAACGGUGGGGCCCGGCCGGCGGCUGAGGUGCCAUGAGGAAGCCUCGCCGGAAGUCACGGCAGAAUGCCGAGGGCCGGCGUUCCCCAUCCCCCUACAGUCUCAAGUGCUCACCCACCCGGGAGACCCUGACCUAUGCCCAGGCCCAGCGGAUUGUUGAGGUGGACAUUGAUGGCCGCCUGCAUCGUAUCAGCAUCUAUGACCCACUGAAGAUCAUCACGGAGGAUGAGCUGACUGCGCAGGAUAUCACUGAAUGCAAUAGUAACAAGGAAAACAGUGAGCAGCCCCAGUUCCCUGGCAAGUCCAAAAAACCCUCAUCCAAGGGCAAGAAGAAGGAGUCGUGCUCCAAGCAUGCAUCGGGCGCCUCCUUCCACCUCCCGCAGCCCAGCUUCCGCGUGGUGGACUCGGGCAGUCAGGCCGCAGCGCCCCCGCUGCCCGCUGCCUACUACCGCUACAUGGAGAAGCCGCCUGAAGACCUGGAUGCAGAGGUGGAGUAUGACAUGGAUGAGGAGGACCUCGCCUGGCUGGACAUGGUGAAUGAGAAGCGGCGACUAGAUGGGCACAGUUUGGUGUCAGCGGACACCUUUGAGCUGCUGGUGGACCGGCUAGAGAAGGAGUCAUACUUGGAGAGCCGCAGCAGUGGGGCCCAGCAGUCACUCAUUGAUGAAGACGCUUUCUGCUGCGUGUGCCUGGAUGACGAAUGCCACAAUAGCAACGUCAUUCUCUUCUGUGACAUCUGCAACUUGGCGGUCCACCAGGAAUGCUACGGCGUCCCGUACAUCCCCGAGGGGCAGUGGCUCUGCCGCUGCUGCCUGCAGUCUCCCUCCCGGCCUGUGGAUUGCAUCCUCUGCCCCAAUAAAGGCGGCGCCUUCAAACAGACCAGCGACGGGCACUGGGCCCACGUGGUGUGUGCCAUCUGGAUCCCUGAAGUCUGCUUCGCUAACACCGUGUUCCUGGAGCCCAUCGAGGGCAUCGACAACAUCCCACCUGCCCGCUGGAAACUAACCUGCUAUAUAUGCAAGCAGAAGGGGCUGGGCGCAGCCAUCCAGUGCCAUAAGGUAAACUGCUACACCGCCUUCCAUGUGACGUGUGCGCAGCGGGCCGGGCUCUUCAUGAAGAUCGAACCCAUGCGUGAGACCAGCCUCAAUGGCACCAUCUUCACAGUGCGCAAGACCGCCUUCUGCGAGGCCCACUCGCCGCCGGGGGCUGCCACCGCUAGGAGGAAGGGCGACUCCCCGGGAAGCCUCAGUGAGGCUGGGGAGGAGGAAGCACUGAAGGAGGGCUGUGGGGAGGACGAAGAGAAGGAAGAGGUGGAAGAGGAGGAGGAAGAUGAAGGCCAAGGUGGAGUAGGUGGCCCCCUCAAGGGAGCGUCCAAGAAGAGCAAGAUGACUUUGAAGCAAAAGAUCAAGAAGGAGCCGGAAGAAAUGGGUCGAGACACACCCUCCACUGUCCCUUUGGUCACUGUCCCACAGAUACCCUCUUACAGGUUGAACAAGAUCUGUAGUGGUCUCUCCUUUCAGAGGAAAAACCAGUUCAUGCAGCGGCUUCACAACUACUGGCUGUUGAAACGGCAGGCACGGAAUGGCGUCCCCCUCAUCCGGCGCCUACACUCCCACCUGCAGUCCCAAAGGAACGCCGAGCAGCGAGAGCAGGAUGAGAAAACGAGUGCAGUGAAGGAAGAGCUGAAAUACUGGCAGAAGCUCCGGCACGACCUGGAGCGCGCGCGGCUGCUGAUUGAGCUGAUUCGGAAAAGAGAGAAACUCAAGCGGGAGCAGGUCAAGGUGCAGCAGGCUGCCAUGGAGCUGGAGCUGAUGCCGUUUAACGUUCUGCUGAGGACAACCCUGGACUUGCUGCAGGAGAAGGACCCCGCACACAUCUUUGCCGAGCCUGUCAACCUGAGUGAGGUUCCAGAUUACCUGGAAUUCAUCUCCAAGCCAAUGGAUUUUUCCACCAUGAGGCGGAAGCUGGAGUCCCACCUGUACUUCACCCUGGAGGCCUUUGAGGAGGACUUUAAUCUUAUAGUUACCAACUGCAUGAAGUAUAACGCUAAAGACACGAUUUUCCACCGAGCAGCUGUCCGCCUGCGAGACCUGGGAGGGGCCGUCCUGCGGCACGCACGGCGGCAGGCCGACAGCAUCGGCUACGACCCCGACAGGGGCACCCACCUGCCGGACUCACCCAAACUGGAGGACUUUUACCGCUUCUCCUGGGAAGACGUGGACAACAUCCUCAUACCAGAGAACCGGGCCCAUUUGUCCCCGGAGGUGCAGCUGAAGGAGCUGCUGGAGAAACUGGACCUGGUGAGUGCCAUGCGGUCCAGUGGGGCCCGGACCCGCCGCGUCCGCCUGCUGCGCCGGGAGAUCAAUGCUCUUCGGCAGAAGCUGGCACAGCCGCCACCGCCACCGCCGCCCUCCCUGAACAAGACUGUGUCCAAUGGGGAGCUGCCAGCAGGGCCCCAGGGGGAUGCUGCUGUGCUGGAACAGGCCCCGCAGGAGGAGCCAGAAGACGAUGGGGACAGAGACGACUCCAAACUGCCUCCGCCACCAACCCUGGAGCCCACUGGGCCUGCGCCUUCCUUGUCUGAGCAAGAAUCCCCUCCGGAUCCCCCCACCCUGAAACCCAUCAAUGAUAGCAAACCUCCAGGCCGAUUCCUAAAGCCCAGAAAGGUAGAAGAAGACGAGCUCUUAGAAAAAUCCCCCCUGCAGCUAGGGAGCGAGCCCUUGCAGUGCCUGCUCAGUGACAAUGGCGUCCACAGACUGCCCCUGGUGGCCCCUGACACGCCGGCCGGCGCCUCCCUCAGCGGCGUGGGCCGCCGCACCUCCGUCCUCUUCAAGAAGGCCAAGAAUGGGGUUCAGCUGCCGAGGAGCCCGGAAGGGGCCCUGGAGAAUGGCGACGACCGCGGCACCGUGGGCUCUCCCGCCUCUCCCGCCAGCAUCGAGGAGGAGCAGCACUCCCGGAAGCGGCCGAGGAGCAGGAGCUGUAGUGAGAGUGAAGGGGAGAGGUCCCCCCCGCAGGAGGAAGAGACAGGUGUGACCAACGGCUUUGGAAAACACACGGAAAGCGGGUCUGAUUCGGAAUGUAGUUUGGGUCUCGGUGGUGGACUGGCGUCUGAAGCUUGCAGUGGUCUAAUACCCCCCAAACGCAGCCGUGGGAAGCCAGCCCUGUCUCGAGUGCCCUUCCUGGAAGGUGUGAACGGAGACUCUGACUACAGUGGUUCAGGCAGAAGCCUCCUGAUGCCCUUUGAAGACCGUGGAGACCUGGAGCCCCUGGAGCUGGUGUGGGCCAAGUGCCGAGGCUAUCCCUCCUACCCUGCCUUGAUCAUCGACCCCAAGAUGCCUCGGGAGGGCCUGCUGCACAAUGGCGUCCCCAUCCCUGUGCCGCCGCUGGAUGUGCUGAAGCUGGGAGAGCAGAAACAGGCCGAGGCUGGCGAGAAGCUCUUCCUUGUCCUCUUUUUUGACAACAAGCGCACCUGGCAGUGGCUUCCGAGGGACAAAGUCCUGCCCCUGGGUGUGGAGGACACCGUGGACAAGCUCAAGAUGCUGGAAGGUCGCAAGACCAGCAUUCGCAAGUCGGUGCAGGUGGCCUACGACCGCGCAAUGAUCCACCUGAGCCGGGUUCGGGGGCCCCACUCCUUUGUCGCCUCCAGCUAUCUGUAGGAGGGGGCCCGAGGGACACAGAAGAGCUUCUCUCUGCCCCAGCCAGACGUAUGGCCGGCAGCUUCCCCCUUUCCUAGCAGGCCAGAGCUGGGCUGUGUCCUUUCCGAGGGCAAGGCCCAGUUUUUACCAAUUGCAUGGUUCCACUGGCGGGCCUGCUAUGUGCCAAAAACUCCCACCUGAGCUCCUCAGGGGCUCGUCCACUGUAGAACCAGUUAGAAGUAGAAACAGCUGUGAGGCCCAGCUGAGGAGAUGGGCCCCGGAAGGCGAGGAGUCCUGGGCUCUUUCUCACAGGUGUGCCCGGCCCCGUCCCCCACCCCCAAUUAACUACACCUCAGGGCAAGCGAGGCUCUGCCACUGACCCCAGAGGUGCUGUGGAUACUCGGGUCCCACGGGGAAUCUCACCGAGCUCAUCUUCUCUCCUCUCCUCCCUCACCCAUUGUCACCCUUCCUCCCCGCCCCAUAUUCUCCUCUACCCAGUGUUUUUCCUGUGUUCCCUUCCUUGACUUUCUCUUGUGCCAAACUGACAGAAACCAUCACCAAACUGGUCUUUUUGUUUUGAUGUCUCAUUCCCUUUGAGGCCAGCUGCUACGCUAGGUGGGUGCCUCCGCCUGGCCCCUCAGGGCGGAACAGAGGCCAGCCUACCCCUCGGUGACCCCUCCACCAGCACACACACCCUGCCCCCCACCUUACCCCAGCCCGACCUGCCCUGUGCAUGUGCAGACACCAGCUGAGGCCGCGCCGUGAGGGAUUGCCCCCUGGGAUUGCGGUGGAGUCCCUCCUGCCCUCGCCCUGUCUUGCCCAGAGGCGGGCUGAGGCUGAGCCGGCUCCUGUCAGCAGACCAGGCUGGAUGUGUGAGUGUCCGUCUGUCCACUGGGAUUUGAGGGUGGGUGGGGUGGAGCCGGGUCUGCCUCUUCAUCCCUCCUCUCCACCCUCCUCCCCCUAUCCACCAUGGGCGGCGUGGUGCUCUGCCCUGCCCAGCCUCUGCUGCUCCCACUUCCCAACUCCAGGAGCCCAGCACUUUGAUGUCAAACCCUCUGCCCCCUUCCUCCUUUCCCUUCAACCCCCUCCCCACCAUCACCUUCUCAAAAACGGAAGGAAAAAAAAAACUGUGAAACGGGGAAUGUUGACUGACAAACCACCACAACUUUCAGAGGCUUCGAUGUCCGUUCUCUGGAUGUUUCUUUUCACCUCUUAAGCACCAAAGUUGCAGGGCCAGGUCGCAGGCCACUGAUUACCAUGUUGUUUUUUAACCUGAUGUUCUUUUUAAUUGUUUUAAAUUUUUCAUAGGGGAGUUUUGGACAAAACAAGUCACUGGGGAGAUCACUGCCAUUUUUACACACAAGUUUUUAAAAAUACAACCAACCAACCACCACAACUUCUUAUACAAUUUGGGACAAGAGCCAGAGUUUUAAAGGGAACCAACAAAACUCUCCAACAUAAAGGAUGGGGUUUUGGAUUUUGUACAAUACUAAAAAUACAAUACAGCAUGUGGCUAGGGAAGGACAUGGUGUAUAUAAUUGUAAAAUACUGUUCUAAAUUAUUCAGGCCUAUAGUUUCCAUUACUGGAGUCCUCCAUUGUGUGACUGAGUAUUUUAAAUGCACACAGUGUGGUUUAUUUAAAGGAGCCAAUGCACCCCCUCUCCCCAGGUAGUCGGUCGGCUGUGGACUCUGUGACCUUUGUCUCAACCUGUGUUGUAAGAUCUCGGGGCUUUCUCUAUUCUCUCUCUGGGUCUGUCUCUUCCCCCCAACACUUUCUCUGUCUCUCCUCUUUCUCUCUCUCUCUCUCUCUCUCUCUCUCUCUCUCUCUCUCUCUCUCUCUCUCUCUCUCCCCCCCCCCCCGCCCCCAGUCUCCUUGAAUCUUUCAGUCUCUCUCUGAGUCUCAUUUUUAGAACUGCUCUUUUAGAACGGGAAACGGCUCAGAUCCUGCUGUGGCAUGGGGCCUGCGUGUCUCAGUCGCGUCUGCUGUGAAGCACACGAUGCUCUAUUUAUUGUAGAAAGUGACUUUAUUUGCUUUCUAGAAUUGUUUAUAACAGAUGGUAUAAGAGAGGUAAUAAACAGAGAAAACUCUAUGCUUGUAAAGAAUACAGAAGUUAAUUUUACCUACUAUAAUAUGACUGUCUGAAACUUAUUUUCUCUCUGAGAAAUAAAUGUUCUAAUGGGCAGCAGUUGCUGUGUUGUGU